UGGUCUUGAUGUUGGUAAUAAUGUGUGUGACGAUCACGUUUGUUAUUGCGGAGAAGUGAGCGUGGUAUUUUUGUUUUAAGGUUUUAGAAAUUUAGAUUGUCUUCAUCAUCAUCGAAAUUGUAAUAUAAAAUUAAAGUAUAACGAAAUACGUAAAAUGCAACACGAUGAUGUCGUCUGGAGUAUCAUUAACAAGUCAUUUUGCUCAUUCAAAGUGAGUACUACCAGUCAACGGUUCUGCAAGAAUGAAUAUAACUUCAGUGGUCUGUGCACUCGUUCAUCGUGUCCGCUAGCAAAUAGUCAGUAUGCAACAGUUAGAGAAGAAAGUGGUAUAAUUUACCUGUACAUGAAGACAGCCGAGCGAGCAGCAUUCCCUAAAAACACAUGGGAGAAAGUGAAGUUAUCAAGAAACUUUGAGAAGGCAAUCUAUCAGAUAAAUGAAAACAUGUUGUAUUGGCCAAAUUACAUGAAGUCAAAAUGCAAGCAGAGAUUUGUGAAGAUCACUCAGUAUCUAAUCAGAAUGAGGAAUCUCAAAUUACGACGAAAGAAGAAGUUGGUGCCUCUUCAGCGCAAGAUUGAAGUGCGAGAGCGAAGGAGAGAAGCUAAAGCUUUGAUUGCUGCCCGGCUGGACACUGCCAUUGAGAAACAGUUGGUGGAGAGACUAAGGAGAGGCGUGUAUGGAGACAUCUACAACUUUCCACAAACAGCUUUUGAAAAGGCACUGGAAAAAGAAGAAGUGGAAGAGGAAAUUAUUGAUGUAGAGGAAGAGGCGGAAGAGAAAAUUGUUGAUGUGGAACAAGAAGUGGAAGAAGAACUGGAAAAAGAUAGUAUUUCAGAAUAUGUAAUGAUGAAUGAUGAUGAAGAUGUUGAUGCUGAUGACAGUGAUGUAGUUGGCACUGAUGCAGAGGAAAAUGAUUCUUCAGGUGAAGUGACUUACGUAAAUGAUGAAGACUUUGAAAUGUCAGAAACUUCAGAUAUUGAGGAUGUUACAUCUGCAAAGAUGAAGCCAGGCACAUCAUAUAAAGGCACAAAACAACAGAAAUCAAGACCCUCAAAGCCAGCGGCAUAUAGGAAGAGUGAGAGACCACAUGUUGAAAUUGAGUAUGAAUAUGAAUCUGCAACCACAAGAGACAAAAGUAAAAUUUUGUACUGAAAUUAAAAUAACUGUUGGUUAUAAAUAUAAGAAUAAACUGUAGUUUGUUGUA